AUGCUCCAGGUCCAGAAGGUCUCUUCUAGAGCAGCGGCCCGCCGCCUCCGCCAGUCCGCUAGCACCCAGGUCGGUCGCUGGCAGCAGCAACGCGGGCUGGCUACGCCCUCGGAGCCUUACGAUGCCAUUGUCAUUGGUGGUGGUCCCGGUGGCUACGUGGCCGCAAUCAAGGCCGCGCAGCUCGGUCUCCGGACGGCCUGCAUUGAGAAACGUGGUUCUCUCGGUGGAACGUGUCUCAACGUUGGCUGCAUUCCAUCAAAGGCGAUGCUCAACAACUCGCACAUGUACCACCAAGCCCAGCACGACAUGAAGAGGCGAGGAAUUGACAUCCCCGAGGUCAGCCUCAAUCUACCUGUCAUGCUCAAGGCGAAGGAGGACGCGGUUACUGGCCUGACCAAGGGCAUCGAGACCCUCUUCAAGCAGAACAAGGUCGACUACAUCAAGGGUGCCGGCUCCUUCGUCUCCCCCACUAGGAUUUCCGUCAGGCUCAAUGAUGGCAGCGAGACCGAGAUCGAGGGCAAGAACAUCAUCAUUGCUACCGGUUCCGAGGUUGCGCCCUUCCCUGGUGGUGCCAUCACCAUCGACGAGGAGCAGAUUGUCUCUUCCACCGGCGCGCUCUCCCUCAAGGAGGUUCCUGAGAAGAUGGUCGUCAUCGGCGGAGGUAUCAUUGGUCUGGAGAUGGGCAGCGUAUGGAGUCGUCUUGGUGCGCAAGUCACCGUCGUCGAGUUCCUUGGUGGCAUCGGCGGUGCGGGUAUCGACGAGGAGAUUGCCAAGCAGUUCCAGCGCUCGCUUGGAAAGCAGGGCCUCAAGUUCAUGUUGAACACGAAGGUUCUGUCUGCUGAGAAGCGCGACGGCAAGGUCUACAUCAAGACUGAGGCCGCGAAGGGUGGCAAGGAGGCUGAACUCGAGGCGGACGUCGUCCUUGUUUCCGUCGGUCGCCGGCCGUACACCGAUGGCCUCAACCUCGAAGCCGCUGGCGUCGAGGUCGACAGCAAGGGCCGUGUCGUGAUCGACGACCAGUUCAACACCUCCGUCAAGGGCAUCCGCUGUAUCGGUGACGUCACCUUCGGACCCAUGCUCGCGCACAAGGCCGAGGAGGAGGGCAUCGCCGCCGUCGAGCACAUCUCCAAGGGCCACGGGCACGUCAACUACCACGCGAUCCCCUCGGUCGUGUACACGCACCCCGAGGUCGCGUGGGUGGGCAAGACCGAGCAGGAGCUCAAGGCGGACGGCGUCAAGUACAAGGUUGGCAAGUUCCCCUUCGCCGCGAACUCGCGCGCGAAGACGAACCUCGACACCGAGGGCAUCGUCAAAUUCAUCACCGAGGCGGAGACGGACCGGAUUCUCGGCGUGCACAUCAUGGGUCCGAAUGCGGGCGAGAUGAUCGGGGAGGGCGUGCUCGCGGUUGAGUACGGCGCGAGCGCGGAGGACGUCGCGCGGACGACGCACGCUCACCCCACGCUCUCGGAAGCCUUCAAGGAGGCGGCGAUGGCGGCGUACGACAAGCCCAUCCACUUCUGA